AUGAGCAAACGCACAGCAGAUCAAUCCGAGGAGGACGAGGUCCGCGCCCUCAAGUCGGGUCAGAGACCGCAGGACGGUCAGCCCGACGACCUCGAAUUCGAAGACGAGUUUGAAGACGAGUUCGAGAGCGAAGAUGAGAUUCUCGAGGCUGGUGUCGACGGCAGACCCGACGAGGAGCGCGAAGCUGAGGAGCGUGAGGACCAAGACACUUUCAUUCCCGGACGACACAAACUCGAAGCUGGACAGACACUGGCCCCGGAUACUUCGACAUACGAGAUGCUGCACAACUUGGAAGCUCCCUGGCCAUGUCUUUCGUUCGAUCUCGUCAAGGACCAGCUCGGCGAUAACCGCAAAUCUUACCCUCAAACCGUCUACGCCGUCGCUGGUACCCAGGCCGCACGAGGAAGCGAAAAGGAGAACCGCAUCAUGGUUAUGAAGAUGAGCAGUUUGGGCCGUAUGGAUCGCGGUGAACAAUCAGAGUCCGAGGACGAAGACGACGAUGACGACGAACAAUCGCUCGAGCCCAUUCUCGAGACAAAGGACAUUCCCUUGAACACAUGCACAAACCGCAUCCGCGUCCACCAAACCCCGCAAGCCUCAUCAUCUACUCCUCCCACCACCCUCAGCGCCGUCAUGACCGAGUCUGGCGACGUCUUCAUCCACGAUGUCACUCCUCACCUCGCCUCGUUCGACAACCCUGGCAUGACCAUUUCCGCCCAACAAAACAAGCCUGUUAGCACCAUCCGCGCACACAAGAAGACCGAAGGUUACGCCAUCGAUUGGUCACCACUUUUCCCCGCUGGCAAGCUGUUGACUGGUGAUAUUGAUGGUCGCAUCUUUGCUACUACUCGUACCGAGGGUGGUGGUUUUGUCACUGACACAACACCCUUCACCGGCCACAGCAGCUCCGUUGAGGAAUUGCAAUGGUCUCCUUCAGAGCGCAAUGUCUUUGCAUCUGGCUCUGCAGACGGAACCGUCAAGAUCUGGGAUGCUCGAUCCAAGUCGCGCAAACCUGCUCUCAGCGUCCAAGUCGCAAACACCGAUGUCAAUGUUCUGUCCUGGUCGCGCAACACCACCCACUUGCUCGCUUCAGGUCAUGAAGAUGGUGAGUGGGCUGUUUGGGACUUGCGUCAAUGGAAGCCUUCAGUCACCACUUCACCCAAGCCCAACUCGGUCGCCUCGUUCAAAUUCCACAAGGAGCAGAUCACCAGCGUCGAGUGGCACCCCACCGACGACUCUAUUGUCGCUGUCUGCUCUGGCGACAACACUCUUACCCUCUGGGAUCUGGCUGUCGAGCUCGACGACGAAGAGUCGCGCGAUACCGCUGGUGUUCAAGAUGUACCGCCACAAUUGCUGUUCGUCCACUACAUGGAGCAGAUCAAGGAGUCACACUGGCACCCUCAGAUUCCCGGUGCCCUUAUGGCCACCGGAGGCAAUGGUUUCAACGUUUUCAAGACCAUCAGUGUUUAG